AACGUCGAAGCUCAGAAUUUGCACGCCGCGAUGAGUCCUUAAACGCAUCCAGCCCCGUCCAACAUGGCGGCCCAGCCAAGGAAUUUGAUGCAGAGCCAUCAGAGCUGGACAGAUGACCUGCCGCUGUGUAAGAUGUGUGGGGUUGGCACAGCACCCAACUGUGUGUACGGCCCAGAUGGUAAAGGCACCGAGAGCCACCCCAACGAGGACGGAUACCUCAGGCUCAAAACCGAGAAUGGCUGUUUUCUCUACGGGGUUUUUAACGGUUACGACGGCUGCAGAGUGACCAGUGUUGCCUCGCAGUGUUUGUCAGCUGAACUGCUACUAGGACAGCUCAACUCCAGUCACACAGACAACGACGUCCGCAGGAUGCUCACGCAGGCCUUCGAUGUGGUGGAGAAGAGCUACUUCGCGACAAUAGGCGACGCUCUGGCUAUGAAAGCUGAGCUGUCCAACUUCGACUCACCAUCACAAAUUGAGAAUAUGUCGUUCCACCAUCUUUCUUCUCUGAAUCAGAAUCCUCAGGAGCGUCUGGAGCGUCUGAAGCAGCUGGAGCAGGAGGUGUCAGGAGGAGCUACGGCCGUGGUGGCACUGAUCCUCAACAACAAGCUGUAUAUCGCCAAUGUCGGUACCAACCGGGCACUGCUGUGUAAGUCUAGCAGCGACGGCCAGAACCAGGUUCUCCAGAUCGGACGACCACACAGCACCGACAACGAGGACGAGCUGCAGAGACUGGCUGCACUGGGAUUGGAUUCAGCUCGUAUAAGGCAGGCGGGGCAGAUCGGCGGCCAGAGCAGCACCAGGAGGCUCGGAGACCACAGGGUUAAAAACAACUACAAUGAAAUCGACUUGCUAAGCGCGGCCAAGUCGAAGCCGGUCAUCGCAGAGCCAGAGAUUCAUGGCAGCCUGUCUUUGGACAGUGUGACAGGCUUCUUGUUGCUGAUGUCGGAAGGUCUCAUCAAUGCACUCGAGUCCGCCCACGGCCCCGAACAGGCCAAUCAGGAAAUUGUUGCCAUGGUAGCAGCAGAGCUGGCCCAGCAGACCAGCCUGGAGGCAGUGGCUCAGUCGGUAGUGGAGCGCGUCAAACGGCUGCACCACGACGUCUACGUGUCCGGCCGUCAAAGGGCGACCUACUGUUCUCGGCACGAGGACAUGACCCUGCUCAUCCGCACGCUCAACUACCCGCUGGCCGACGGAGCGCUCACGCCCACGCAGGGUGGUCGUAUCUACCCGGUGUCAGUUCCCUACUCUAACAGCCAGAGCACCAGUAAAACCAGCGUCACCCUCUCACUGGUCAUGCCCUCCCAAAGCACACUCACCAACGGAACAAACACCGCCUCCACCCUGGAGGAAGGGACCCCCACACCAGGCAGUCAGAGCCCUACAGCAACCCUCCAGUCCACCAACACCCAGACGCAGAGCUCCAGCUCCAGCUCAGGAGACGGAAGCCUGUUCCGCCAGCGGGGAAGCCAGGCGGCGCAGCCUGAUGAGACGGGCAGGGUCCCACCCUACGUGGACUUCAGUCAGUUUUACCGUCUGUGGGGGACUGACCACAGUGACGGCCAGAGCACCCAGGGAGGGCUGGGACCCCAGUGAAGGGGACGAGGAAGGUGCCUGCUGCCAGUCGGAACAGGAUGGACCAGGUUUUCUGGUGGCAAUGAGGCACAUGGAUUGUGAAGGGACAAAGAUUUAACGGGCAGUUUGGAUGAAUGAAAGAACUGUUAAUGUACCAUAGCUAAAAAAAUAGGUGACCUAAAGGUGCAUGGGUACGCAUCGAGGAAGGACUGGGGUUUUCAAGGUCUUGCUAUCAAAAGGCCGGUGAUGCAAUUGGGCUGAAGAAUAAUCCCUUACAGAGAUACAAAGUAGUGUCACCACUACACACCAUGACGUUUCCUCUUCUGUAAUAGAGGCUGGUCUACUAUAUGAUUGUGAAUAUAUAUGUAAUCCAGAUUGUAGCCACUUUUGCCAGAUGUAAAAACAUGUAUCUGCACAUAGGAUUCUCACAGACCCUGAGAGUCUGUGGAGUCAAGAGAGAAUGCAUAAGGCCUUAAAAGUUUUUUGAAUACGAAUGGAUGGGCUUGUAAGUACUUUUUUAUUUGUAAUGAAAUUAUAUCACCCAAAGUAA